AUGCUUAACGUUCCCUAUGGGGUGGCAGUGAAUGAUCAGGAUGAAAUUGCUGUGACUGAGCUCGGUAAUAACAGGGUUUCAGUGUUUAGUAGUGACGGUACCCACUUAAGAUCCUUUGGUAGGAAGGGUAAGAAUAAUGGUGAGUUCUAUUGCCCUACAGGGAUCGCUUUUGAUAGUCAUGGCAAUAUUGUAGUGGCAGACUGUUAUAACCACAGGGUGCAAGUCUUUGAUCGGAAUGGUAACUUUCUUAGUAUGUUUGGUAAACAAGGAAGUCGUGAUAAUCAGCUUGAAUUCCCUCGAGGUUUAUCAAUGAACGGCAACGGUGAUAUUAUUGUUGCUGAUAAAGGUAACAAAUUAAUCAAGAUAUUCUCUUCUAGUGGGGAGUAUUCACGUAAAUUUGGUGGAGCAUGUUCUUUGCUCACUCCCUAUCACUGUAUUCAACACGGUCAAUAUUUUAUAGUCUCAGAUCGUGGUGAUCAUUCCAUUAAAAUGUUUAAUCUGGAGGGAAAGUUUAUUACUAAAUUUGGAAAACAGGGAAUCAAAGAUCGAGAAUUCAAUGAGCCCCGUUGCUUGUCAGUUACCAAAGAAGGAUUGCUUAUGGUCUGUGAUGAAGAGAAUCACAGAGUUCAGGUACUUGAUCUGAAUGGAAGGUUUGUUACAAACUUUGGAAGUGAAGGUAGUGAGAGAGGAGAGUUUAAGUGGCCAGUGUCGACAGCAACUCUUAGUGAUGGAAGGAUAGUUGUGUGUGAUAAGGAGAACAACCGAAUCCAGGUUUUUGACCAGUUAUAA